AAAAAAUGCCGGCGCCGGGGGCACACAUUGCACAUAUUUCAUUCUGCCUCUGGCGCGCUCACUCGUUGCCGCACGAAGGUAGAGUCACCGCGGACGCGUAUUGAAAAGCAGCUGUAUCUCACCAUGUCCUACACCCCCCUCAGCGAUCAGUACUACGCCGGAGUGCUGGAUUUCGGCGGCGUGCGCAUUUUGUUAGACUGCGGAUGUGACAUAGAGUUCCAGAACCUCGGCGAAAAAAUCGCCGCCGUCGCGCCGACGGUCGACUUGGUCCUCCUCUCGCACGCGGAGCUGCGCCACGUCGGCGCGCUGCCCGCGGCCAAGGCCCGCUACGGCCUCGCGGCGCCUGUGUUUGCGACGACGCCAACCAUUAAAAACGGCGCCCUCACGCUCUACGAGGCCUGGGGCGGGUUCCGGGCGGCGAAAGGGAGAGCGGCGGCGAAGGAACUGUUCACCUUGGACGACGUCGACGCAGCUUUCGACAAGAUACGAGCUCUGAAGUUCGACCAGCCGCUGUCGCUUCGCGGCCGCGGCGCCGGCGUCGUGGUCACCGCGCACCGCGCGGGCCACAGCGUCGGCGGCGCGUACUGGCGCAUCUCGCGGGGUGCUGAUGAAGUUGUCUAUGCCGUCGACGUCCACCACGCGCGGGAACGCCACGUCGACGGAACGGCGCUCGCGGCCCGCGGCCCCGACCGGCGGCCCGCCGUGCUCAUCUGCGACGCGGGGCCGCUCCGUGGGCCCGCCGCGCCGGCGCCGCCGCGCCGCGCGGCCGAGGACGCGGCCGUCGACGCGGCGCUCUCCGCGCUGCGGCACGGCGGCCACGCGCUCUUCCCCGCCGAGGGCGCGUCGCGGGCCCUGGAGCUGCUGCUCGUGCUCGACGAGGCGUGGCGCCGGCGGAACCUCGGCGGCGCGUACGACCUCGUCUUCGUGCAUGCGACGGCCCGCAGUGUGCUCGACUUUGCGCGGUCGCAGCUCGAGUGGAUGGCGCCCGAGGCGCAGGACUCGUUCGACGGCACGACGGGCGCGCGCCGCGGCGGCGGCCACCCGCUCGCGCUGCGCGAGGUCCGCUGCACGUCGUCGGUCCGCCGACCGUGCGGAAAUCAAACUUCCCAUGCCAAGACACACUGACUAAUUUGCACACAGGUCGCGGAGGCGCUCGCGAAGCGGCCCGACGCGCCCAAGUGCGUCGUCGCGGCGCGGCCCGAGCUCGAGACCGGCGCGGCGGCGCGACUCCUCCGCGAGUGGGCUGGCGACGCGCGCAACGUCGUCGUCCUCACGGCGCGGCCC